ACACGUGCUUCUCAGCGCAUAUUUUGAAACUUCCCCCUCCUUUCCCUUUCCUGCCGUCCGAUCCUUCCCCUCACUGUUUAUCCGCCGUCCUUUCCCUUCUCUUUCCCCGUUUCAUCAAUAAACAAAAUUAGUACGUGCCAAAUUUUCGUUUCCUCCAAUUUCGCUGUACGCUGUUCUUCUACCGUACCAUUCCUCACACCUUCAUCGUGCACUGGUCCAUUUACCCGCCUAUAAAAUAACAAAUCAAUCCGCUGUAUUGUCCAUAAUACAACGCUCUGUUGAAGCAGCUUCAGAGUUCAUAUUCCAGCCCCUCCGUCCUCUCCCAUCUCGCAUGGCUUCAUUCCUUCGCAUAUCGUUCAGCAUCAACCCCACAGUUUCCAGAAACUUCCUCCCCCCUUCCCGAUCCGCUCAACCGCCUCCUACAACCGACGCCAACACCCUCUGCCGCAGCUCCCCUGCCAAAGCUCCGACCUUUCAACCGGCUGCGGAAAUCAACGCUUCCAUUCCCACCGCCCAGCUGAAAUUCGACUUCAAGUCCUAUAUGCUAUCGAAAGCCGCAGUUGUAAACCAAGCCCUUGAUUUAGCGGUACCUCUCGUAUACCCGGACCGCAUCAACGAAGCCAUGCGCUAUUCCCUCCUCGCCGGCGGCAAGCGCAUCCGACCGGCGCUCUGCAUUGCCGCCUGCGAACUCGUCGGCGGCGAAGAAAAGCUUGCUUUGCCUGCAGCCUGCGCAGUGGAAAUGAUCCACACCAUGUCGCUCAUUCACGACGACCUCCCCUGUAUGGACAACGACGACUUCCGCCGCGGAAAGCUGACCUCCCAUCGCAUGUUCGGCGAAUCCAUCGCCAUACUUGCCGGCGAUGCACUCCUCGCCUUAGCCUUCCACCACCUCUCUCAUUCCUCCUGCUCCAUAUCCCCUGCUCUCGUGGUCCGCGCUGUGGCAGAGCUUGCCCGUUGCACCGGUGUGCAAGGCCUCGUUGCCGGGCAAAUCGUCGACCUCGAGUCCACCGGAGUCGAGAAACUCGUCGGAGUUGAGACGCUCGAAUACAUACACGUUCACAAGACGGCGGUUUUGCUGGAGGCUGCGGUUGUUAUGGGGGCGAUAAUCGGCGGCGGGGUGGAGGAGGAGGUUGAGAGGCUGAGAAGGUAUGCGAGGUGCAUUGGGCUGUUGUUUCAGGUGGUGGACGAUAUACUUGAUGCGACGAAAUCGUCGGAGGAAUUGGGGAAGACGGCCGGAAAGGAUUUGGCGAGCGAUAAGACGACGUAUCCGAAGUUGGUGGGGUUGGAGAGGUCGAGGGAGUUUGCAGAGGAGUUGCUUCGGGAUGCAAGAUUGCAGCUUGAAGGUUUUGAUGCGGCAAAGGCGGCGCCUUUGGUUUGUCUGGCGAAUUAUAUUGCUUACAGGCAAAAGUAGAGGUUGGGAGGAGGUGAUGAUGUGAUUAUUAAUAGUUGGGGGAGUCGAUUAAGGUGCAAUCAAAACAGGAAAUAUAAGAUUUGAAUGUUCAGUUGCUGCGACUCGGAUGUAUUAUGCUGCUAUGUUUAUUUCUUACUGUGAUUUUAUUUUGGUUGUUAGAAAUGAAUUUGAUUCAUUUGAUUUCUGGAGAUUAAAGAUGGGUUUAAAUCAGCUAAUUGAUUGCUGAAACAUGAGUAUGGAUUUAUUCUGUGAUUCAGUAUUCGGCUGAUGGAGAUAGAUUUUUGGACCUUAUGAAUGUUAAAGUAAUGAUACAGAGACCAAUGAUUUUUCGACCUUAUGGUCUUUUCAGUUAGAAGGAAAAUGUAAUUUGACCAAUAAAAUGAGUAUUGAUUGUUGUCAAUGAUGGCUUUUAGGCGAUGUUGAACGUUGUGAGAUAAGUGGCUAGGCAAUCGGGGAGAUGUAAUGUGCUCUAGUUUCAGAUGAUCACGUAUGAAGUGGUAAUUCACUUCAACAUGCUUUGUCCUAGCAUGGAAAACGGCUUUAUGAGCUAAAGCUAUUGCCGAAGUGCUGUCACUGUAGAUUGUCGUGGGAUGUAAUUUUUGAUUCAUCACUUACUCUAUAAGUUGUAUGAGCUAAAGUAUUUCUGUAGUAGUGGUCGCAAGGGCCCUAUAUUCGGCUUCUGUGGAAGAUCUAGCAACAAUAGUUUGUUUUUUCGCUGACCAAGGUAACAGAUUUGGUCUUAUGUAAACACAUAAACUAGUAGUGAAUUUUUUAUCUCGGUGGUCACUUGCUCAGUCGAAGUCUGCACAUGCACUUAAGCACAAAUCACUAGAUGUUAUAGGAAGACCAUAAUUAAGUCUUUCUUUUUAAUACUCGAGAAGCCAUUUUAGUUGUUGAAAUUGUGUGAUGGUGGGAUUAUACAUAUAUUGGCUAAGAUAAUUAACAAAGAACAUGAUAUCCGGGCGAGUAACAGUUGAAUACUGAAGA